UGUUUCUUUGCGACUCAACCCAUCGGGAAGUUUUUGUCAGUGUAGCUGAGCCCUAUGCCGCCUGCUUCACAAUCUCUCAACAACGUGUGCCCCUCCUCCCCCAGGGUCUGGGGAAAUUUUUUGGAGAGCAAAUCAGGAAAUUACUUAUCAUUCGGAACCAGUGGAGAGUUAAGAGUGCCUGCCUGCUGACAUGAAGGGCUUUUGAACCAAAGCGUCACAUCUACACGCACUAUAAUUCAAAGGCUUCAGUUACUGGAAGGUCUUGGGAGCCAUGCUGGAGCCCUAGUUACAUCAACCCAUUAUCUUAUGGCAUGAACUCAAGGACUUUCUCCAUCCUGGUUGCCCUUCUCUAGAUACUCUCUAACUUUUCUAUAUUCUUCCUAAAAUGUGGUCACCAGUUGAAUGUUACUUCAGAAAAGAGCCAAAGAUGUUUGUCUUGCUCUAUGUUACAAGUUGUGUCAUCUGGGCAAGUGGACAACCUCGGGGUAAUCAGUUCAAAGGAGAAAGUCACUCCCCGAGGUAUAUCUGUAGUAUACCUGGUUUACCUGGGCCUCCUGGUCCCCCAGGAGCUAAUGGAUCACCUGGGCCACACGGUCGUAUUGGCCUUCCAGGAAGAGAUGGUAGAGAUGGCAGGAAAGGUGAAAAAGGUGAAAAGGGGACCGCAGGUUUAAGAGGCAAGGCUGGACCUAUAGGACCAGCUGGAGAGAAAGGGGACCAAGGAGAGACUGGUAAAAAAGGACCUAUAGGCCCAGGUGGAGACAAAGGAGAUGUAGGUCCAAUUGGACUUCCUGGACCCAAAGGAGACCGAGGAAAUCAAGGUGAUCGAGGGGCACCUGGUAUCUGCAGAUGUGGGAGCAUCGUGCUCAAAUCUGCUUUUUCUGUUGGCAUCACCACCAGUUACCCAGAAGAAAGAUUACCCAUUGUGUUCAACAAGGUCCUUUUCAAUGAAGGGGAGCACUAUAAUCCCUCAACAGGAAAGUUCAUAUGUGCAUUUCCAGGAAUCUAUUAUUUUUCUUAUGAUAUCACAUUAGCCAAUAAACAUCUGGCAAUUGGGCUGGUACACAAUGGGCAAUUUAAGAUAAAAACAUUUGAUGCUAACACAGGGAACCAUGAUGUUGCCUCUGGAUCCACAGUGAUCUACCUUCAACCAGAAGAUGAAGUCUGGCUUGAGAUCUUCUUCACAGAUCAAAAUGGCCUUUUCUCAGAUCCAAGUUGGGCAGACAGUUUAUUUUCUGGAUUUCUCUUAUAUGUUGAUACAGACUACCUUGACUCCUUAUCUGAAGAGGAUGAAUUAUGAAAGUGAUUGACAAUCUGGAAAUUUCCCUCCCUCAUUAUACAAACUGACAUAGGAUCUAAUCUGGGAGCCAAAGAUAGUGGAACAGCACUGCUAUAAUCUGAAGGAACUGCCAGCCAGAUUCUAAAGGAAACUAUGGAAGUUUUCAACAGAAUCCAUUGAAGCAAGAUGCUGUAUCAAACAGCUGGGACCACACAGAAUGAAUUAUGUAGAACAAUAACUCCAGAUAUGAAUUCCCUUGAAAGCAAUGUUCAUAAAUAUUUAAGCAAAUUAAAGAUAAUGUCAACAAAUUUUAUAUUAAAUACAGUGAGUGAUAAAACCA